AUGCCUCAACCAAACGAUGAGCGGACUCUCGACGUUGCCUCGAGCGACAUUCGACGCAGCAAUGAUGCCAAGAGGAACGAGACCGCCGCGACAACAUCCGAAAUUACUCUACCACACCGACCUCACGAGCAAGGAGACGGAAACCUGCUCAAUCCUGCGACACAAGAUCUCACGCGAAGAUCGCUGGACGACCUGAGCGAAGCGGACAGUAGACACAGAUCUAAGUCAAAAGGCAGGAAGCCCAGUACACAGACGAGGAUAUGCGGGACGUGUCAGCGCCAGCUCAUGGGGCAAUUCUUGCGAGCGCUGGGCGGUACAUAUCACCUCGAUUGCUUCAGGUGCCAUGAUUGUGAUAAGAUCGUGGCUUCGAAAUUCUUUCCCGUCCCCGAUCAACCACCAAAUCAAUACCCUCUUUGCGAGACCGACUACUUUCGACGCCUGGACCUACUCUGUCAUGCUUGUGGUGGGGCUCUUCGUGGAUCGUACAUCACUGCGCUUGAGAGAAAAUACCAUAUUGAGCAUUUUACCUGUUCGGUUUGCCCGACCAUCUUCGGCGCGCAGGAUUCAUAUUAUGAACAUGAGGGCAGCGUUUACUGCCACUAUCACUACUCGACCAAAUUUGCGCAACGGUGCAAUGGCUGCCAAACUGCGAUCCUGAAACAAUUCGUCGAAAUCUUCCGCAAUGGAGUCAACCAAUAUUGGCAUCCCGAGUGCUAUAUGAUACACAAGUACUGGAACGUUCGCUUACAUUCCGCACCGACGAAAGGCUCAUUGGCUGACGAGCAGGAAACCGAACAGCGGAAGAGGCUCACGGAAGGCCCCAACUCGGAUGCUAGCGAGGCUGAGCGCAAGACCAUUCGCGAAGAGGAAGAUGCGGUCGAAUACAAGGUGCAUUGGAUUUGGCAGACACUUUCUUCUUUCGAGGAGCGCUCUGCCACGUGUAUCUCGGACAUGUUGCUACACGUCAGCAAUGGUGCAUACAUGGACGGCGUGGUUGCAGCAAGACGAUUCAUCACCCACAUUGAUGUGCUUUUCGGCGCGGCAGACGAAUUGAACCCGCGAAACCCGGACAGAAGUGCUCCCGUACCGCGCGGACUUAGCUACAGUAGAGAGGCGAAAGUGCUCUGCAAGAAGGUAGUGGCUUUCUUCCAGCUUCUGGCGGAUAAUCAAGACAACGGCGUAAGACGCCUGGGUGUCACACAGGAGCUUCUGUUCCUAGUUAACGGCUUGGCUCACUAUUUGAAGCUCAUGAUGAGAAUCUGUCUGUCCGGCGCCCUCAAACUCGAGCGAGAGAUGUCCAGCGUGACCGGCUUGGAAGGAUUCCUCAAAAACAUCAGCAAGCUGGACGAUCAAUUAGACGCCGAAUCGAAGCAGGACUCACGACACGAUCCUGAGCUUUACGUUAGUAAAAGCGCGGACACGUGUAUGGUUUGCAACAAAUCCGUCGAGGACAAAUGUUACAGAUUGGACAAAAGAGUCCUGCAUGCGGAGUGUCUUGUUUGUUCGAAAUGCAACAAGGACCUCAGCGCAAAUCCAAGCACUGCGAGAUGGAGCGAACAAUCGAAGAAGAUAUUCUGCGAAGCUCAUGCAGGCCCCGACGCGCACAUCACAGGGUUUGUGGCAGUGACAAGACUACAGCAAUACGUCCAUCUCUUGCGUGUGGCGCAUGCCCGUCUACUCGCGACCCUCAGAACAAGCGGGGCCCUACCUCAUACUACAGACGAUCCAAAUCUUGGAGAUUAUGAUUCUCGAGAUCUAGAAGCUGUGGAGAAUGACAGCCUCGUGGCACUGGGCAGAUCAAACACGCGAUCAAGAUCCUACGCGGGACGACCAGGCGGCGAGAGGAGCCAGGAUGAGGCUAGCUACGAAGACACUAUGGGUAACAUUCGACGUCUUCGGAGUAUACGGAUGGAGAAGCAGUUAUCAAACGCGACCCGAAAAGCACGAACAUCUCGAAUCAUCGAUGGUCCCGAGGCUGUCCGUCCAGGUUCAGCUGAUGGCACCGAAGGACCAAAACGACGGAAGACUGGAACAUUUCAGAUUGUAGAGGACCGAGAUGCGAACGGCGAGACAGUCACACAGUUGACCUUUGGAGCGCAGGAUACCAUGACCCUUGAUGAUAUUCCUCGCAUCGUUCAGGCUCAACAGACCAAGGAACAACGACCGAAUGCCAGUCGAUAUGCUCGCAACCCGAUGAUACCUCAGGAACCGAAAAUGCGCCUUGUCAAUGGCCAUACACGAGACUUGUCGAAUGAUGCCGGUAAAAUGCUCAAUAAUCCGCUACCAGCUACGAAAAAAUACUUCUCCGAACUGACCGCGCUCGAAUAUUUCAUCGUUCGCCAUCUUGCUGUGCUAUCGAUGGAGUCGUUGCUUACCGGUCAUUUCGACCAAGAAGAAUUGAUCGAUUUGAUUGAGGCUAAGCGACCGACUUUUUGGAGCAAGUUUGGUAAAGCCUUUCAAGGAAAGGAAAAGAAGCCCAAAGGCAGCAAGAACACCAGCGUCUUCGGGGUACCACUGGAGCAACUCUUGGAACGCGACUAUGAGGAGAGCACGGACGGUGUUGGUCCGGGUCUCCUGAAGAUACCGUCGUUGGUGCAAGAAGCCAUCAGCGCGAUGAAGACCAUGGACAUGUCUGUGGAAGGUGUUUUCCGGAAGAAUGGAAAUAUCAAGCGAUUGAAUGAGGCCAAGGAAGAUAUCGACAGCAAAGGCACAGUUGAAGUCGACCUUACGCGAGAGAAUCCGGUCCAGGUGGCGGCAUUACUGAAGAAGUUCUUGCGGGAAAUGCCCGAUCCUCUCCUGACGCACAAACUUCACAAACUGUGGAUUACUUCUCAACGCAUAGACGACAACGAGAAGCGGCGCCGGAUACUUCAUCUGACGUGCUGUCUACUGCCCAAGGCGCAUCGCGAUACGUUGGAAGUGCUUUUCAACUUCCUGAACUGGGUUUCAAGUUUCAGCCAUGUCGACGAAGAGAGCGGCAGCAAGAUGGAUGUCCACAACCUGGCCACUGUCAUUGCACCGAAUAUCAUACAUCGAGGCAAGGAUCAUAUGCCUGUGGACGAGAGCUUUUUGGCCAUCGAGGCUGUGCAUAGUCUAAUCGAGUGGAACGAAAGCAUGUGUGAGGUUCCCGAGGACCUCGCCUUGAUGAUGAACGACAGCUCCCUUUUCAACAACACUCCGGACAUCACGACCAAAGAGAUCCUCAAGCGCUACAAUGACUAUGUGCGUGAUCCGCGAUCCCGGCCGGGCAACACCAAUAGCAGCUUGGACAAUCCGGCCAAUGGAACGUCGUCACCGACGCCAGCCGCAGGCGUGAAACGGGUAGAUACCGACCCAUCGGUGCAAAAUGCUUGGCAGAAUGAGAGCUCGGUACGACAUGUUGGGAGCAGCAAUGACCUGCACAAUCCACCAAACUUGCCGUAUCUCAAUCCCAGUAAGAAUGGGAGUGUAGACUCACACGGCGCGAGUCCCAAUCGUGCAAGCAUCCGAGGCGGGCCCUUUGAUAAGCCUAGAGCUGUAGGCAUUGCAUGAGCAAGUUGUACAGGCGUGAGGAGGAAUUGGAGUCCGCUGUCCAUCGCGAACAGCCAGGGUUGGCGGCAAAAUAUGAAAAGUGCCUGAUGAUUAUACGUUGGCGGGAGCGCGAACGGUUGUACGAGUUCGAAAAACGGACAUGACAC